AUGCACAUUCUAAUCACCAACGAUGACGGGCCGCCAGACGUACGCGUUUCGCCCUACAUUCGCCCCCUGGUUCAGUAUAUUGCCAAGUACCGGCCUGACUGGCGCGUGACCAUCUGCGUCCCCGACUCGCAGCGCUCUUGGAUAGGCAAGGCUCACUUCGCAGGGAAAGACGUGCAUGCGCGUUUCGGCUACAUGGAUCUGCACGCCAAGGACGAUGUACUACUUGGACCCUAUAUGCAACCCCAACGAAUCAUGCAGGGAUCUGUUUUACCUUGCAUCGCCAACCCGCAGAUACCCGCGGACGCCAUCGAGUGGUGCAUGGUCGAUGGCACGCCCGCGACCUGCACCGACAUCGGACUGCAUCACCUAAGUACUUCGGACGUGGACUUGGUUUUGUCCGGGCCGAACGUCGGACGUAAUACGUCGGCGGCAUACAUUACGUCGAGCGGCACGGUGGGCGCGGCGAUGGAGGCGGUUAUCUCCGGCGGAAAGCGAGCCAUUGCAUUGUCGUGGGCAUAUUUCGACGGUGUGAAGCACGUCUCAGAGGAGAUGAUGGUCGCAGCGUCCGCAAAAAGUUGUGAGGUCAUAGACGCUCUUUGGCGGCAAUGGGACGCAGAUACCGAGCUUUACAGCGUCAAUGUGCCGCUUGUCAAAUCGCUCGGACCUGACACCAAGGCGGUUUUUGCGCCAAUCCUUCAGACUACGUGGUGCUCUGUGUACGAGAACGGCCACGACGUAGACGCGCACGCGGACGCGGACGCAGGCGGGCAGGGCAUCACUUUCAAGUGGAGCCCGGAUUUCAAGAAGCAGCGCGAUGCGAUCUUUGCGUCGGAGGGCAUGAACGACGGCCGUGCCAUUGAGAGCGAGAUGGUCAGCGUCACGCCGCUUCAGGCCGUGUUCCACCAGGUCGCGCCUCUCAUGGGCCGUGAGCUGGCCUUGGCGCGCGAGCCGCUUCGCGGCUCGCCCGCCGCAGCCGCCAGCGGCGUGAUCGUGUUGACAAUCGCACAGGACGAGUAUAUCUACCAGCCGCUCGUCGCAGCUUUCCAACGGCAUCUGUCUGGCGUCGCUGUCGUCGAGUCUGCUGGCGCGGGCGCAGAGUCAGCCGCGCGUCGCGCGGCUGACACAAUGGACGAGACGCACGCAGACCACUUGAAAAUGUUGCAAUAUGGCGACUACGAGCAGAUCGAUAUGGAGCGGCUAAUGCGCGAUGCGUCGUACUACGCCAAUACGUACAUCUACCGUAAAGCGCUGAUCCGUAAACACUAUCUAUCGCACACGAUUCACGCGUAUGUGGCGAAGCACCCGGACUCUGUGCUCAAACGCGCCUCUUUGGAGACUUUUCCCAUCGACGUAGACUACGCUGAAUUUUUGGACGACGCGCUCGAUGAAUGCUGGGAGCUGCGGCAAGAGCUGGAGUCUGAACAGCGCUGGUGGAUUUUGAAACCCAGUAUGAGCGACAAGGCGCAAGGGAUCAGAGUAUUCAAGACCAUUCAGGACCUGCAAGCAGUGUUCGACUCUUUUGAAGAAGAGGCCGAUGGGGCCACAGACGAUGCGCCUCCGGACGAAAAUCGUGUUGUCACGUCGCAAUUGCGGCACUUCAUCGUCCAGGAGUACGUCGAAAAACCGCUACUUCUACCCUCGAUGCAAAACAGAAAAUUCCACAUUCGGUGUUACGUUACGUGCCGUGGAGACUUGCAAGUAUUUGUGUAUCAGCGCAUGUUGGCCCUCUUUGCGCCAUCUCCAUUCGUUGCUCCCGGCGCAGAGUACACGGCAACUGACAUCAACCAGCUGUCCUGUCAUUUGACAAAUACUUGUAUCCAGACCGCUGAAGAUGCAAAGCAGAAUGCUGUUCGCGAAUUCGACAAUCUAGCAGAUCUAUCUGAGGACGAUAAGAAUAAGAUAAAAGAGCAAAUACGAGACAUAACGCGCGAGCUUUUCCUUGCAGCCGUUACUACCAACCGAAUGAACUUCCAGCCUUUGCCAAAUGCUUUUGAAACUUUUGGGCUUGAUUUCUUGGUCGACUCGGAGCUGAACGUCAAAAUUCUGGAGGUAAAUGCAUUCCCAGACUUCAAGCAGACAGGCGCUGAGCUCAAAGGUUUAAUUGACGAACUUUUCGAAGAUAUUGUUAAGAAAUGCGUGGUCCCAAUAUUCGCCGAAAAGACAGCACUGCCAGCUGGUGAACAUUUCGUAAAGGUCUUGGACCACAAAUCGCAUGAUUGGUAA